AUGUGUUCGGAUUUGUCAUGUCCAUUAUGCUGUCUUUCGAAAUUUCCGGAUAUUGAAACAUUCAAAUUAAAUUUAAUCAAAGUAAACAGCAAGCCAAUCAAAUGUCCAUUGUGUGAUGAAAUUCUUUUAGGUUUAGACAAGCUAACGAUUCAUUUGUUUGGGCAUUCAUUACCGACAGAUUUGAAAGCAAACAGUGAGGUUCUUCAUCCAUCUUCAAAAAAAGAACAAAAACCGAAGCAAAGUCGAAUCAAAUUAGUGAAAAUUUCGUCACCAUUAAAAGCAUCGGAAGAGAAGUUUCGAUGUGAAAUUUGUGGCUUUGUGUUUGUCGAUCAACACUUGCUGGAUUUACACUUGAAUUUGGUACAUAAUUUCAUGCCAAAUAACGAUGAAGAACGCGAAAGUACUCAUUCAAUCAAGAAUGAAACAAAAAGGUUUCAAUGUCAUUUGUGCUCAAAACACUUUAAGAUGAAAGGCGCUUUACGUAUUCACAUUCGAGUGGCCCAUUUUAAGUAUCACGAUCAAGAUAAAAAACAAAUAAAUAUUGCAGAUUUCUUAAAAAGCCAAAAGUCUAUUGACCAAUGCACAUUGAAAGCUGAAAGACUAUCAUUGCAAGAACCAGAUAGUUCUGAAAAUAAUUAUUUGGCAGUUGUUCCCUCUCCUGCUUCUUGCAAAGCGCCGUCGCCUCAAAGCUCUGUUAACGGCGAUAAUUUAGACACAAAGAGGAGUGCUGAUAAAAGCUCAAAAAUAUUUCAGUGCGAUGACUGUAAAAAAGUUUUCACGACGAAAUAUUUUUUAAAGAAACAUAAACGUCUUCAUACAGGUGAAACACCAUAUUCGUGCGAGAAGUGCGGCAAGAAUUUCUUCUUCCAACAAUCAUUUCAUAAGCACAUGAACUAUCACAACGAUGAGAAGCCUUAUAAAUGCGCGGAAUGUGGACGAAGCUUCAAAGAACUUUCGACUUUGCAUAAUCAUGAGAGAAUCCAUAGCGGUGUUAAGCCUUUUGGAUGUGAAAUUUGUGGGAAAUUUUUUCGCCAAAGAGUGUCGUAUCUUGUUCACUCUCGUAUUCAUACCGGGGCGCUACCCUAUAAAUGUUCUGAAUGUGGCAAAGGUUUUCGGUACAAGGUUAGUCAACGCUCUCAUAAAUGCAGUGGAGUUCUUGUUAAACAGCCAGGCGAAUUGCUCCAAAAAUUAAUGCAAAAUUCAUCGAUUUCACCGACAUCAACCAUCACAUCACCAACGACGGUUACCAACGUUACUAAUUUAAACACCAAUGAUUUUAUUUCCAUUUCUAAUACGGCACAACACGAAACGCAUGAUUUGUGUUUCGACGAUCUACUCAAAGACGAUUCCUAUGAUAAAAUAAUGAAGAAUAACGUCCAUGAGCCUCAACUUCAAUUCAUUCCACAAAUCUCAACAAAUAAUAGAUUCAACGAGAAUAUGAAUGGGAGUACCAUAGCUUUUAGCAACUUGACGAUAGAUACGAACUAUAACUUGCCAAUUGUCAACAAUAAUCAUAACUUUAAUAUGAAUUAUCCACUUGAAACAAUCAAUGAAGAUUCUAUCAAAGAACUUUUAAGAUCUCUUAGAUGAAUCAAAAAGCUUUUUGUGCAUGUAUGUUUAUUCUUUAAUAUUAUUCAUUAAAAAAUAAUUUAUCAU